CCAGCAACAACUUGUCAAAUUGUUUUAAAUCAAAUAUGUUGUUUUCUUGUCUAGAUGAAAAUGAGGAAUUAUUGGCUGAAUGAAGACAGGUAUACGUGAUUUACUUCUUCAGGUAUUUAAAAUGCCAAAUAUUCCACCACGAAAAGUUUCUUCGUUACCUAAAGCAUCAAAACAAGAUGCAUCUCCAUUGCAAAUAUUACUACAAAUGGGAUUUCCAAGACACCGGGCAUUGAAAGCUUUAGCGGCAACUGGGAACCGCAGUGUACAGCUAGCCUCAGAUUGGUUGCUGACUCAUGUAAAUGAUGCCUCUAUUGACAAUGAAGAACCAAGGGAGUACAUCUUCUAUGCAAGCCCUUCUGGGCCUUUAUUAGCCCAAUUGUUAGACUUCUGGGAAAAGUCUAAAACAAACACAGGUUGGAAUGGAGCUCACAACUUUCCACCUCACAUAACUUUGGUUUCAUUUUUCAAGGCUCCUGAUGAAACAUCAUUACAAUUAGCAAAGGCAGUGAAGCAUGUAGUGGAGACUGUGGGCGACCCUCCCGCCUGUCCCCUAAAGCUGGAGCCGUACAUGUCACAAAACUUCAUGGGGCUCUUUGUGUCUGAGGAGCAUGCAGAUUAUUUGAAAAGAAUUGCUGUGCAGUAUGUGAAGCAAGUGUCUUCGGCAUUGGGGGUUAUGGUGGAUACUUAUGAGCACUUGGAUGCAUUGGGCACAUGUUUUCCCUGGUGUACUGUACCGCAAGAAAAACCUAUUAAAUCGAUAAACCUAGAAGCCCACGUGAAGUCGCUGCACAUCACGCUGGCGUACCACUUCGAGGUGGCGGCCUACGACCAGCUGAAGGCGCUGGUGGACGGACUGCAGCCGCUGGCGCAGAGCAGCUGGCAGCUCCGCCUCUACUCCCGGGACCCCAGGUUUAACAACCACCAGGUCCACAAAGUGACUCAAGGUUACUCGCCCAAGGCCAGCGAUGAACUUGAACUUGUACUGGGAGACAUUAUCUACAUAGAGGAGAAGGAGUUUGACAGUUCUCCCGACGGCUGGGUGUACGGGACUUCUUGGCUUACAGGUGUGAGCGGCUACCUCCCAGCAGUGUUCACGCGACGCACCGCGGAGUCAGACGCUUGGACUCUGCACAGGGCCAUCUCCCUUGGAAACACUAACAGUAUUGAUAGCAAGUCGGAGUCAGAUUCGACCGACGUGGAGAUGUCGGGCGCGUACCCCCACGAGGACGCGGCUCAGCUGGGCCACGAGAAAUCUGAGGAGACGUACAAGGAGUGGGCCGCGUACUGGGAGGCGGCCAUUGCGCGUAAGAACCAGGACAUACUGACGGAGUCUGAUUCAGCAGACAGCAGCAAGGCGACCAAAGGAAAUGGAGACACGGCAGCUUCUGGUAACGACACAAGUACCGGCGACAAGUCCGGCCGCCGCUGGUAUUUCGCGAUGCGGCACGGCGAGCGGGUGGACCUCACCUACGGGCAGUGGGUUCCGUUCUGUUUCGACGAAAACGAUACGUACGUGCGCAAGGACCUUAAUAUGCCGCUCGCUCUUGGAAAAAGGGCGGGUGGUCGAGACUCAUAUUCAAAAGAUUCCCCGCUGACGCGCAUCGGGCGCUACCAGGCGUACCUAGUGGGCGAAGGCCUGCGGCUGGCCGGAGUCCCCGUGAAGCACGUGUACGCGUCCGCUGCGUUACGCUGCGUCGAGACCGCGCACGAGGUCCUGCAAGGGUUACAAGACCCAUCUGUGAAGAUCCGUGUAGAGCCUGGUCUGUUCGAGUACAAGGUGUGGCACGCUGCCAAGGGACUCGCGCCCUUCAUGACCAACGAGGAGCUGCACAAAGCGGGCUAUCAGGUUGAUGUCGAUUACAAACCGUACGUAGACCUGGCUAUAGACACGACAGAGACGGUGGAAGACUUCUAUGACAGACACGAGAAGGUCAUACAUUCUGUCGUCAAAGAUACCGAAGCUGUAGGUGGGAACGUGAUGUUCGUGGGCCACGCGGCGACGCUAGACAUGUCCGUGUUCGCGCUGAAGCGCCUGUCGCCGAGCGCAGGCGCCACUAGAGCCGCGUACCAGCUGAGCUCGCAGCUGCUGCGCGUGCCGUACGCGGCGCUGGCGGCCGUGCGCGACCGGCCCUGGCAGCUGGUGAGUCCGCCCUGCCCGCCCUCCAUCAACUCCAGCUCCGGCCGCUUCGACUGGAAGAUACUGCUCGACGCCCAGUAAACGCUGCGCUUGUGCGCCAUUAGUGUAUCGGGACUGACCGAAAUCUUUUUUCCUUCCAAAAUAAUGCUUCAGAAAGCUGCAAUUCGAUGCCCGGUUGAGAUAUUGCCGGCUACACUUGCAGCUCGACAGUGAUCUGAGUAAUCCAAAAUAUGUGACUUUGUUUAAAUGAACGACUAUAAAACAAGAAAACCAUUUAAUUUUUCGACAGCAUUAUAAAAAACCAAUCGAUCGCAAAUAUUUUCAGAAUCAAAUCAAAAUUUAUUAAUGCGAGUACUUAUUUUAUUCCAUUCACUCUCUGGCUUCAACGAAUAAUUUUAUGCUAAAAAUAAAUUUACACUGUACGAAUCAGAUUAUCAUGGGAAUACAUUACUUUUUGGCACACGUCUUACUUUGUAUUUUCUAUUGAUCAAUUCUAUCACCAUGAUUUAUUGUAUUAUUGAAGUGUGAUAGAUGAGUGUGAUAUUUGUUUAGAUAAGGACUACCUAAUUAGUUAAGUUAUCAAUGCACCGUACAUAUGCUUAAUUUUAAAAUAAUAAGAGGCUCCGAUAAGACUUAACGAUUAAUAUAUUUCCUGUGUACGUAAACAUUAUCAGACGUUUCAGAAUGAUUCAAUACCAUAUCUGUGAUUCACUUUCCUUCUUAUCUUGUGUAUUCAUGAUAACACUGGUGUAAAAUUAUAUUCAAAUCUCCUAAAAGCAUCUGACAGGACUUACCUACCGCCAUCCAGUAGCAAGUAGUCGCAUUAACACUAGUUCAUUCUGAUACAUAUAUUGUAAAUAGUAAAUGAUGCAGCAGGCUGCAUCGUAGCAAAUAAGCUAGGUUUGAAAUG